AUGGAACAAAAUAAUGACACCGAAGUGACUAAAUUCAUUUUCCUGGGAUUUGCUGGUCAAGAGAAGUUUUGGCAUAUCCUCUUCAUAAUAUUUCUAGUCAUCUAUGUGGUCACCCUCGUGGGUAAUACUGGGAUGAUCCUACUCAUCAAGAUUGAUUCUGGCCUUCACACCCCUAUGUACUUUCUUCUCCAAAACUUGGCAUUUGUUGAUCUCUGCUACACCUCUGCCAUCACUCCCAAGAUGUUGCAAAACUUCAUAGUUUCAGAUAAAUCCAUCUCAUUCACAAGUUGUAUGGUGCAGUUACUAGUCUAUGGUACUUUUGUAACAAGUGACUGCUUCCUCCUGGCUGCUAUGGCAGUAGACCGUUACGUGGCCAUCUGUAACCCACUUCGCUACCCAAUCAUCAUGUCCCGGAGACUGUGCAUCCAGCUGUUAGUUGGUUCAUAUGGCAUGGGAUUCCUAAAUGCCUCUGUAAAUGUAAGUUUUACUUUCUCAUUGAACUUUUGCAAAUCCAAUGCAAUUAAUCACUUUUUCUGUGAUGAGCCCCCAAUUCUCGCCCUUUCCUGCUCCGAUAUUGUCUUCAAUAUCAUGAUACUAUCAGUAUUUGUGGGGUUUAACUUGACUUUCACCGUGUCGGUCGUCAUCUUUUCCUACAUAAAAAUCCUGGCUGCCAUCCUAAAGAUGUCUUCUGCUGCGGGAAGGAAAAAAGCCUUCUCCACCUGUGGCUCCCACCUGACAGCUGUCACCAUCUUCUAUGGGACUCUCUUCUACAUGUACCUGCACCAUGGCACCAGUGAGUCUCAAGAGCAGGAAAAAGUGGCUUCUGUGUUUUAUGGCAUUAUUAUCCCCAUGUUAAACCCCUUGAUCUACAGCCUGAGAAACCACGAUGUGAGACAAGCCUUAAAAGGGAUAGGAAGGAAGUGCUUCUAA